UCUAAAGGGCCUGGAGUGUGGGAGCGUUUGUGUGAGUGUGAGUGCAGGUCGUACAUGGCAGCCAAAGAAAUGUGACCUAUCCGUGGUGGUGCAGCUGUCGUGUCCAACCUGACUGAGCUGGGGGUGAAGCAGUGAGAUGGGAGAGAGAGGCAUGAGCUGGUUUAAGCCCUAAAGAGGUACAAAAGUUUGAUUCUUUGAAUGUAAACAAAGGUAGAAGAAGCAGAAGGAGGAGGCCGGAGUGGUUUGACAUUUAGGAAAGUGAGCCCUCUUUCUCUCUCAGCAGGGUCAGAGCUGUUGAAAAGGGACCAUGGCCGUGGCUGAUAAUGCUACAUGAUCUCGGGUGGACUUACACCUAGAGGCCGAGCUCGCUAAAGGACACAGAGACACACAAAUGAUUUGAGAUGACACAUUUCGCUCAAUGGAUCCUGUUACCUUCGCUCGGACUUUGCGGGGAUGUCCAAAGGGAUUCUUUACGGCUGUGAUGGCAAGAGUGAGUCCCCAGUCCCCCAGCCGAGGUCAGACAUCCUCUGUGAGCCCAGAGACAUCUGAACCGAUGGAGUCUCUCAGAGGAGGCCUUCAAUAACCACUGCUCAUCUUGAUACCAAAAUCAAUCACCAGAAGGGACAGUGCUUGAAGAAGAGAGAUCAACAUGUCCAGUCCCAGUCUCACCUCAACCUCCAAGAGGCCCAGAAACUCAAAAGACAGAGGCGAUGGGGUUGGAACGCAAGAACCAGCACCCCCGGUUUUCACCCGUAAACUCCGUAAAGCAGCCGUAGGAACUGGCUGUGAUAUCCGACUGAGGGUGUCUGUGUCGGGGUUUCCAACACCUACACUGACGUGGUUCCACAAUGAUGAGCUGCUCCCUCCCUCAGAGAACCAGGACUCAGGAGGGCUGUGGAUACGGGACUGUCAUACGAAUGAUGCUGGCUUGUAUGCUUGUGUGGCGACCAAUGAGCUGGGGGAGGCUAGCUGCAGCGCUUUGGUGGCUAUCAUGGACCUUGGUGAAGACUCUGAGACCACCGAGGAUGAGACCACAGAACCCCAGAUGGAAACCAAAGAAGGGCUCGGGAGGCACCAGGACAAGGCGGGAAGGAGAGGACAUCAAGGUGAGGGAGGAGGGAUGAUGGACUAUAACCCCGACGCUCCUGAUCGCAGAGCCACCCUCCCAGGCGGCUAUGACCCCGUGGUGGAACGUGAGCUCCGAGCUCUCGGCUCCCGCCCCCCAGGGUCCCACUUUGACCCCACAAACCCAGCCAGGAGUCAAACUGCUACCGAUUCCUCCUGUGCCCCCUUGUCUUCUGCCCAGCCAUCUCCCACUGCACACAAAAACAUCCCAAACCAAGACCUGGACAAAGCCAAACAUUCAGACCCUCAAACUACCAAGGCAGACCAAGCAGCAGGUGUAAACAGUGUAGUCAUGACGCCCAAAAUGGCUCGCGCAGGGCCUAAGAUCUUCGACAAAGUCCGUGCUUUCGAAGAGCGAAGGGCAAGCUUGGACUUGCCAGGGGGAGCAGCAGGAUCAGGGCUUGGACGAGCAAGUUCUUUUGACUCGGACGACAGCGGAAAGAAAUCCGGAGGCCUCACUAAAGAGGAGGGUCGACUCCUGCAAGGGGUAGCCCAGAAGCGAGCCGCCUUCAAGCAACGGGCCUCAUCUUUAGAGGACAAGACAAGCUACUCCCAGAAGGUCCAGACCUACCAGAGCAAGUUCGCAGAGGAGCUGCAGCGCAUCAAGAAACUGGUGGGGAAGCCCAGCUUGAAGAAGGCGUAUUCCACCGAGCAGCUGUCCCAGAAAGAGAGGCUGACCACAGGGAAAGUGGAGCCCAUUCCUCCACAAGUGGUGAAAAAGUUGGAGGCCCGGGAGCGAGCCCUGGGGGACGCCAGAGUUGAAGAACUGCAGAUGUCUCGACAGGGGAAAGGGAAUCAAAGUACUGAAAAGGAAAACAUGACACAGCCAAAUCUACCAGUGGAUAUCUCAUCAGGAGGAAGCACAGGGAAUAUCUCUGUUGCCAUGGAGACAGCACCGGAUAACCAGUUACCAGGGAAACCAUUGCCAACAGCAACAAGGACAAGCAUCACCAGGGAAAUCCUACAAAACUCUCCGGCAGCUGACAAAGACACACUUGUUGCCACGACGCAUAAACCCUCAUCCCCAGUUAGAGAUCUGGGGGCCGAUUCAAAGAUGGAAACCAAGAUGGAUGACAAAUCAGACCACAGAUCGCCAAGCCCGAGCGGGAAGAGAGCAUCCCCGGUAACCGUGAGGCAACCAGGGUCUCAGUAUCCACCCAAGCCACCCAGACUCACCCCAUCACCCACCCCUUCCAUCAGUCCGCUCAUGAAAAGGAGGAAGGCUGAAAUGGGGCGAACGUCUCCGGCCUUGAAGGUGAAUAUCCCUACGAUUUUAGUGGAGGAUGAGCCAAUGGAGACGGAAUGUGCUCAGGACGGGAACAAGGAAGAAAGCAGGACCAGGAGGAAGGAGGGGAGGGUUCGCAAGAGCAGGAAAGGCCGAUCAAGUCAACCAAGGUCUCCUGAAGAGGGCGGAUCAUCCGAUGACUCUUACCUGUCUGCUGAUGACGAGCCCGCUGAGGCUCCGAGGUUCGAGAGGCCACUUCAGGACGCCACGGCAUCCAGCAGCAGUGAGGUCACACUGAGGUGUAUAAUCAGCGGUAGUCCAACCCCUACAGUGACAUGGAGGAAGAACAACGUGGAGAUACGGACCGAUGCCUUCCAUGUGGUGAAGUAUGAAGGGGAGCGGCACAGUCUGGUGAUAAAACACAUGAGGCCGAACAACGCCGGGUCGUACUGCGUCUCAGCUGUCAACCCAGCGGGAAGAGCGUCCUGCAGCGCCACUAUCUACAUCCAGUCAGAGCCCACCCACACACAAUGUGGGAAACCAGAAUUCAGCAGUCCCAUCCAAUCAGAUGAGGAGUAUCUGAGCCCUCAAGAGGAGGCCAUGGAGAUUGGGGAGUCACCUGCUCCCACCAAAAGGGUCCACUUUACUGAACCGCCAUCUUUUCAGGUGGCGCCGGCAGAUCAGAGUGUAACUGAAGGUCAGGAUGUCGUCAUCUCAGUGAAGAUCAGAGGGCAGCCCAAACCCAUGGUUUACUGGCUGAAGGACAGAGUCACGGUGAAGACAGCGGGGCGCUUCUCCGUGCGGGAGACGGCCGAGGGCAGCAGCGAAAUGAGAAUCAGCUCAGCUCAGAGGGCAGACGGCGGACUUUAUAUGUGCAAGAUCAUCAACGAGCACGGGGCCAAGCAGGCCGAGUGCAGAGUGGAUGUCAGAGCUGGAUCACAGACAGCUCUGAAAAUCAUCAGGGAGGUAGAAGACGUGGCGGUGAGGGCAGGAGAGUCGGCCAUGUUUGAGUGUUACAUGACAGGACCUCCAGACGUCGAUGUUGACUGGCUGUCCAAUGGGAAGCUGAUCCAGCCGGCACUGCUCAACUGCAAGAUGCAUUUUGAUGGCAGGAGGUGCCGCCUGCUGCUAAAUUCAGUCCAUGAGGAUGAUAGUGGAACAUACACCUGCAAGCUGAGCACUGCCAAAGAGGAGUUAACCUCAAGCGCAAAGCUAAAGGUCACCCCAUCCAGGGAGCCUCUGUUCACCCGUAAACUGGACAUCCUGGAGGUCAUCGAAGGCCGUACCGCUCGCUUUGACUGCAAGGUGAGCGGAUCGCCGGCUCCACGAGUCACAUGGAUGCACUUCGAGACGAGAGUGGAGGAGAGCGAUAAUGUUCGAAUCCUCCAGGAGGGGGGUCGUCACUCUCUUGUCAUCACUCAUGUUAGCAGCGACACUGAAGGCUUCUACACGGCAGUCGCACAAAACAUUUAUGGAAAAUCUGAAUGCACCGCUGAGCUUUACAUGCAAGAACCCAGAGCUGCUAUUGCCUCUCACAUGUCCAAGCUGGAGAAAAUGCCAUCCAUCCCCGAGGAGCCUGAAAUGCUGGAGAGCGAAGUGGAGAAAAGGACCAUGCCGGAUUUUGUCAAACCUCUGGCUGACGUGGAAGUGAUCGAAGGCAAAGAGGCCGUGCUGAAAUGCAAAGUGACGGGGCUGCCUUACCCGACCAUCGGCUGGUACCACAACGGGAAACGGAUAGAGAGCAGCGACGAGCGCAAAAUGGCCCAGCACAGGGAUGUCCACAGUUUGGUUAUUCGGAGUGCUUGUCACGCUCACGGAGGCGUCUAUAAGGCCGUCAUCUCUAAUAAACUGGGCAAAGCCGCCUGCUACGCUCAUCUAUACGUCACAGAUAUCAUUCCUGACCCUCCUGAUGGUCCUCCAGUGAUUGAGGCAAUCACAGGGAAAACUAUCAGCCUGAGCUGGAAGAAACCAAAGAAGCUUGACUCUACAUUUGAUGCUGGCUCCUUGCUCUACGUGGUCCAGCAGCAGCCUCUGGGCUCGAUCCAGUGGUCUGUUGUGGCGUCAAAUCUAAGAGAGACCAACUACACCGUCACAUCCUUGUCUAAAGGAGUCCGCUACGCCUUCAGAGUGCUGACGUCUACUGGGAAGACAACAAGCAAACCAUCUCCAUCCACUGACCUGGUCCAGCUGCUGGACAGAGGACCGUAUCUAAGGAAAGCACCGAUCAUUACGGACAAACCUGACGUUGUUUAUGUGGUGGAGAAUCAACCUGCGAGCAUCACCAUCACUCUGAACCACGUUCAUGCAGUCGUGGCCUGGAAAAGGAGAGGCGUGGUGCUGGCCAACAAACCGGGCGUGUUCGAGAUGAGUAUGCCAGAUGACGACCAGCACACCCUGAAGCUCCAGCGGGUCAAAAGCACAGACAUCGGUCAGCUGGUGGUCACGGCCAGCAACCAGUUUGGCAGCGACCUGUGCACGCUGCAGCUCGCCAUGGCAGUGCCUCCAAAGUUUGAGUCCAUCAUGGAGGAUGUUGACGUGAACAUUGGAGAGACGUCCCGCCUCGCUGUAGAGGUUGAAGGGAAACCAGACCCUGAUAUUCUGUGGUACAAGGAUGAUGUCCUUCUCACUGAGAGCAGCCACUUCACCUUCGUGUACGAUGACCCUGAAUAUUCCCUUGUCGUCCUGAAUGCUCGCCCUGAACACUCGGGCGUGUACACCUGCACUGCGAAGAACCUGGCCGGCUCCAACUCCUGCAAAGCUGAACUCACGGUGCACACAGAGCCACAAGAAGCAGCCGAGCCAAUGGAAGAUGAGGGAACCAUCCUGAGGAAGAUGAGGCGCUUGACGGAUUAUUAUGAUCUCCACAAAGAGAUAGGGAGGGGAGCCUUCUCUUAUGUGAAGAGGGUGACUCAGAAAAAAGGAAAGGACGACUUCGCUGCCAAGUUCAUCUCCGCCCGAGGGAAGAGGAAAGCUGUGGCCCUCCGAGAGAUGGACCUGCUGUCUGAGCUGGACAAUGAGAGGAUUCUCUAUUUCCACGAUGCCUUUGAGAAGAAGAACGUGGUGGUGAUCAUCACAGAGCUAUGUCACGAGGAGCUGCUGGAGAGGAUGGCCAAAAAAACAACAGUGAAGGAAGUGGAGAUCCGUUCCAGUGUGCAGCAGGUUCUUGAAGGUCUUCGUUAUCUGCACCAGAAAAACAUUGCCCACCUUGAUAUAAAGCCAGAAAACAUCCUGAUGGCAGCUCCUGCAAGCGACCAGAUCCGCAUUUGCGACUUUGGCAAUGCAAUGAAACUGCAGAAAUCAGAGGAGUUUUACUGCAAAUACGGCACGCCAGAAUACGUUGCACCAGAGAUUGUUAAUCAAACUCCAGUCUCCACAGCAACAGACAUAUGGCCCGUUGGUGUCAUCACUUACCUCUGCUUGACUGGUGUGUCUCCUUUCGCUGGCGAGAAUGACAGAGCGACUACCUUAAACAUCCGUAACUACAACGUGGCGUUUGAAGAGAGCAUGUUUUCUGACCUCUGCAAAGAAGCAAAGGGAUUCGUCAUCAAACUUUUGGUGGUGGACAGACUGAGGCCCAGUGCUAUCGAGUGCCUUCGCCAUCCUUGGUUCAAGUCACCAACGAACAAAAGCAUCAAUACAGCGAUGUUAAAGCAAGUUUUGUCGAGGAGGCGAUGGCAGCGUUCUCUUAUCAACUAUAAAUCCAAGAUGGUGAUGCGCUCGAUUCCUGAACUUUUAAACGACUCUUCCAGCCAUGUCUCCAUCGCUGUGGCACGGCACUUAAAAGAAGGCUCCCCUCCGCCCUCCUCCUCCUCAGACUCGGAUGCAGAUGUGGAUGAGCUCCCCUUUAUUCCUAUGCCGCUGUCCAUGGUCUUUUCUGGUUCAAGGGUCUCUCUUAACGAGAUCCCAGGGGAUGACGAUGCAACUGUGCGGCCCGCUGUGGCGUCUGAUGGGACAAAGAGGAAGGAUAACGUGGAGAUAGCAGGUACUAGAGGAGGGGUUAAUAAGAGAGAUAAAGAAGGAACUGCUAAUGAGGAGGAAGCAGAAAAGACAAAACCAGCUCCUCUGAAGAAAGGAUCAAGCGUGGAGUCGGAGGAUUCACAGACUAAAGCACGGCGGGCGACGAUGAGGAGAGGCAGCUCUGCUGACUCAGCACUGCUCCUCCACAUCGACCCAGGGGAGGGAGAUUCAAAUAAAGAUUCAGAGCCGAGUAACAAGAGCUUGAAAAAAGCUGUUUCAAUGGAGCUGCCCAAUCGCAGCCCGAGCCCCGGGGCGGCAAAGUUAAGCCAGGAGGAUUACGCCCUGAAACUGGAACUGAUGAGGCAGCGGCUGCUCAGGGGAGGCAGCAUGGAUAAAAAGAUGAGCGGCCUGCGCGGACCGUUGUUUGAAACACUCGGGAUGGAGGAUGAGCGCCGCACAGGGUCUCUGGAUCGCAAUUUGAGGAAAUCAAGAACAGGACCCUCGGCACUUACAAGAGCAGCGUCAUCUGAGACUCCUGGGGAGGAUGUACCAAAGACUAAAGUGUUUCGUAAAAGCGCCUCCUUCACUCAGGGAGAUUCUGAGCCCAUGCCCUUGCACCGCAGGUUCGGAGCCCCCUUAGAGAUCCCGUCUGCAGGCAGUGGUAGCACAGACGCGAAGAAGCUCCAGGAGGCAACGUCGAUGUCCGCACUCACAGAACAAACAUCUCUAGAGUCUUCACCAACUUCAUUUAUAUUCCCAACGUCAAGACUGGACCAACAGAACAAUGUGAAAGAAAGCAGGGAUGAAGUGACAGAAAAAAGGACCAAAAACCAGUCAGAAAAGGCAGAAUCAGACUCUAUGUCACCUUCUGUAGUCACUCCUAUUAUUGUAAUCGAGGAGGAGGAUGAGGAAGAUGAGAGGAAAGAGAAUCAUGAGUUACAUAUUAAUGAAAAAGAUGAAAAUGAAAAUUUGGAAUUGGCAGAAAAUAGUAAGGUGUCAUCUGCAAAUGAGAGUAUCCCACCAUCUAAAAUAUCUGAAAAAACAGAGCCAAAAAGCCCUAUGACUUCAAACGAUACAAAGUCUUCAGAUAUGCCGACAUUACCUGAACAUGCCGCUGUAUUCGCUAAAGUAGCCACAGGGGAUAGAUCUCCAGUUUCCACAUCAUCAAACCCUGAUCUCCCUGCCCUCCCACGCCAGCCGGUGCUCAGAACAGACAUAAAAGACAUCGACUCAGAGGAGCUCUUUGAAGCCCGCUUUAAAAAACGAGAGUCGUCUUUGACUCGCGGUCUCCGGAAACUGACCAGAAACAAAUCAGAGGAGAAAUCACCUGUGCUUAGCCGAAAGGGAGUUGAAGGGGGAGAGGAGGUUUACAGGCCGGGGCCGAGAGGGGCUCCACUUGAAAUGGUGUCUAAAGGACUGCAGGAGAAAUCCAAAUCUGUUCAGGAUUUAAGAGAAGAAGAUAAGGAAGCAGGGCUUGGUCUGAUUGGGAGGUUUUCCCUACGGGCGAAGAGGUCAACAUCCGUCGACAAGAAGGGCGAGAAACCAAAGGAGGAAAAGCAGCAGGAUGUGAAAGAAACUGCCGUCAGCAAGAGGGUUUCAUGGGCGAUCGGUCGCAGCAAGUCUCUGGAUACAAAAGAGCUGAACAGUGCACAGAAGCAGCUGGAAGAAAAGGAGCAAAGAAAAGCAGAGGAGUCGUCGGUUUCUGCCAUGAGGCGAAAGUUUGAGUCCAAAGUGGCUGGGAUAUCGGCCAGAAUAAGGACCCAGUCAGAAGAGAGGAAGGAUAAAGACAGUGAAGGAAGUCAGAAAGAUCUGAAGAAAGUCUCCGAUUCUCCAGUUCUAGCAAUGAGGAACAAGUUUGAAAAUAAAGUGGCGGGAAUUUCCAGCAAAAUCAGGAGUCAAUCUGAGGAGAGGAAAGACGAUGCAGAAGGGAAAAGGACGCCCCUAUUUGCACGUCAUCGCCAUUCCCAAUCAGAGGGGCGAGGACUGAAAGGAAUGGGCAUUCCAGAGAAUCAGCUUGCCAAACAAACGGGGGCCGGUGCCUCCAAGGAGUCCAUUGAAUCCACUUCAAGCAUCCAGUCUGAGAGUGACAGGCGAUCGCGAUGGGAUAGGUGGGGUUUAUCACGGAGUAAGAAAGACAAAACCCCAUCUCAGACGGAUCUGCAGUCAUCCGCCCCCAAAGAGGAGGGUUUGUCAAAGAGCCAGCAGUUUAUCCGCUCUGCUUCGGAUUUCGCUCCUGUUUUCCACAUCAAACUGAAAGACCACGUCUUAUUGGAGGGAGAACCCGUCACUCUGAGCUGCCUCCCCGCUGGGAGUCCACAUCCAGAGAUUACAUGGAUGAAAGAUCGCAAACCGCUCGAGGUUGAAGACAGAGUCAACCUCGUGUCACACCCAGACGGCAGGCAGCUUCUGAUGAUCAUGAAAUCCAGCCACAAGGACGCUGGAGUUUACGAAUGUGUCGCCACCAACCCCAUCGCAACCAUCACUACCUCCUGCACGCUUUCCAUAGCCAGUGUCCCUAAACGCCCAGGAACCCCUGAAGUCCCUCAGACGUACAACAACACGGCUCUGGUUCUGUGGAAACCAGCUGACACCAAGUCACCAUGCAGCUACAACCUUGAGAGAAAGACAGAGGGUGAUUCUAACUGGAUGACUGUCGCCACCGGGGUCGUCGACUGUUACUACAACGUCUCAGAUUUACCGCCAGGGGCUGCCUUUAGGUUCAGAGUCUGCUGUGUGAACAAAGCAGGACAAGGACCGCACAGUAACAGCUCUGCUCCCGUCAGCCUUGACUCAACAGCAGGAGGAAGUCCACCUGCCGUAGCCGUUGUAAAAACAAUCCCACCUGCGCCUGUCGUCACCUCCUCAGUCACCGUCCCCCCUCUCAAACCCGUCCAGAACAGCGCUCCCAGGGUCACGGCCUCCGCCAUCACCUCCACCUCUCCUUCUCAUGCUGCCUCUCCUCCACCUGUGGUAGAACCAACCAAGGAGGCUCAGAAAGCCCCCCCCUCUAUCCCAUCUUCAGCUCCAGUCAAAGCUCCUCCACCUUUUGUCCUCCCCAAACCACAGAGUCCCAUAAAUAUAGUGUCCCCUAUGACCCAGACCCCACCCAUAUCUCCUCCUCUCGUGACUCCACCAGCGACUCCACCCAAACCCACAGUGGCUUCUGUUCCCACGUACGUCCCCACCAUUGCCGUCACUGCCCGAGUCGCCCCGAGUCCCAUCUCCUUUACCCCACAAGUGCUGCAGAGCUCCAGCCUAAGCCCCAUCGCUGAUGGAGCCAACACCCCCACCAGGGGGACCCCGUCAGGACGAUCUACACCCUCCACCACACUGCGACAAGGGGUACCACAGAAACCAUACACCUUCUUAGACGAAAAGGCCAGGGGUCGUUUUGGAGUCAUCCGAGAGUGCCGUGAGAACCUGACGGGUAAAAUCUACAUGGCUAAGAUCAUUCCCUACAGCCAGGAGGACAAACAGAGCGUCCUGAAGGAGUACGAGAUCCUAAAGUCACUGCACAACGAGAAGAUCAUGGCUCUGCACGAGGCCUACAUCACGCCGCGGUACCUGGUCCUGGUGGCCGAGUACUGCACGGGAAAAGAGCUGCUGUUCAGCCUCAUAGACAGGUUUCGUUAUUCCGAGGAUGACGUGGUGGGUUACUUAGUCCAGAUCCUGCAGGGAGUUGAGUACCUCCACAACCGCCGCGUCCUCCACCUGGACCUGAAGCCUGAUAACAUCAUGGUGACCAACCUGAACGCAGUUAAGAUUGUGGACUUUGGCAGCGCUCAGAGCUUCAACCCGCUGAGCCUCAGACACAGAGACUCAGGAGCAGGGACGCUCGAGUACAUGGCUCCUGAGAUGAUUAAAGGUGAAGUGGUCGGACCUCCUGCAGACAUCUGGAGUGUUGGAGUCAUCGCACACAUCCUGCUUGGUGGUCGGCUCCCCUUUGAAGACAAAGACCCUGUCCAAGUGGAAUCCAAAAUCCUGAUGGCGAAGUUUGACCCCACUAAACUCUACCCUAACGUGUCCCAAAGUGCCUCCGCCUUUCUCAAAAAGAUGUUGAGCAGUUACCCAUGGGCUCGUCCGACUACGCGCGACUGCUUCUCCCAGGCGUGGCUUCAGGACUCGUACCUGAUGAAGCUGAGGAGGCAGACCCUCACCUUCACCUCCAGCCGCCUCAAAGAGUUCCUGGUGGAGCAGCAGAGCCGCCGCACCGAGGACGCCACCAAGCACAAGGUGCUGCUGCGCACCUACCAGAGCUCGCCCAAGUCUCCAGGCUCUGGGACGGCGACGAGCCUGAAGUGACGGGGAAACUGCAUUUGUGUUGGAACUAGAACCAACGCUGUGAGACGAAUAUCCACCUGGAGAGGAAAACGCUGUGUCGUUUUUUUUAGGAUAGUGAAAGUCAGAGCUGCCUGUAAUCUGCUGAAAGGACACAGGAUGUUCUUUAUUUUUUUGAUCGCACAAUUUCUCAGCCACAUUGUGAGUUCUGAAAUUGCACAUUUGAUUUCACUGUUCUCCACUCUGGAACAUUGGUGUGCAUCGUUUCUUCUUUAGUAGUGAACAACUCAUGUGAAUGUACCAUGAUGAUUUAAGCUGCUAACUUAUUUUGCAUUUUAAAAACCAAAAACAUGAUUUCUUUUCCUUGAAAUUGUUUACCUUUUCAUGUUAAUUUAUUUGCAUGUGCGUGCGCGAACCUUUUCCGAUCCACUUUUUUGACUUAGCACAGAGGGGAAAAUCAAAAAUAAGGAGUGUGUUUGUGAUUGGUGUUAGGAUCAAGACUCUUUUAGGGCAAGUAGGACUUUUUUUGGUAUAAUUUCUUGUUCUGUGGUUGAACGAACUCUUACCGUAACACAAAAGCAGUCAGUAAGUUGCUGUUGUUUCUCAGUAUUACCCGUCGGAUUACCCAGUCAGUGCCUGAAUCGGAUUAAUAUCCAAAAUCUCAAUCUUGUAAAUGUCUCCAUUGAUUCUUACUCAGAACUAUUCAAACUUAAAGAAACAUUUGACUGCUUUUAUUUGGACUUUACAACAACACAAAGAUACUUCUAGAUUCUUACACAACGUGCAGACAUAGAGAACAUGCAGUCCUUGUAAUAAUAGAACGUCUUGUGUAUUGAUCUAUCGCAGUGUUCCUCUUUUUGUAUGAAUUUGGACGGUUGAUGAUUUGUAAAUGUACCAAUUUGCGGUGUUUAUAUGUGGACAAAGUUGAAAAUGUUUUUAUGAGAUAGUCUGUAAUAAACUAUUGAUACAACUGGGAAA